AUGCCGGGGCAGGUGGCAAAUGCUAGUGCGAUCCCAUCUCGCCUCACCCAGGCAGACGACUGCUUAGACGUGACAGUUGAUUGGUAUGUGACGGGGGGCAUAGUGAGCGGCAUGCGGGCCGAGCGCUCGAGGCGAGCCGCGCUCGCCGCGCUCGCGGCGCUGCUCGCGCUCGGGCCCUGCUCAGCCGAGCUUGAAAUAACCACCCCCAUUCCGUUUGAUCCAUCUAAACGCGGACUGGGAAAGUACGGUGAUGGUUGUUCCACGUGGGUGGAUUGUGGGUUCGCAGAUUCCAUAUGUGACAAUCUACAGAAGACUUGCCGCUGCAACCCGGAAUUUCCUGUCACAAAUUUUUUGGAUAAAUGCGGAAAACCGGCAGGUAUCAACGAAAGCUGUACUUUUGACCAGCAAUGCGAGGAGGCCGUGCAGAUGACAGAGUGCAGGAACGAUCGUUGCGUUUGUUUGUAUGAGAUGGUUGCUGAAAUGACUAUAGACGGAGGUUUUUCGUGUAACCCGGUGAAGCAAAUCGAAGAAUCAACUCGUACAUUGGAUCCAGCUAUGAUUGGUGUGUUGGUGGGCAUGGCUUUGAUGUUUGUUAUUAUUUGUGUCGUGCUCCGUCUAUUCAGCAGGGCGAGAUGGAGGGAUAACCGCACCAUAUUCAACACACCAAAUCCACGACUAAUGAACGUGUCCCUGCUACGAGAUUCUAAACUUUUACACUCACAGGAUCGGCGUGGCUCUCGUGUAAGCAUGCGUCCUCCGUCACGGCAAGCCAGUCAACAAGAAUUGAGACCACAUUCACCGAUUCCUGCACGACCUCACCAAAGCCAUCAGCUACACCGAAAAACCUCAGGUUCUAGACGGGGAUCAAGAGCAAGUAGCGGUCAUUCUGCAUCUUCACUACGGUCGGCUACUCUCAGAUCUCCAACAGCUCCGGGACCUACAUCUGUCACUGUUGAAAUACGAGCACCAGAUGUCUAAAUACGUAACGAUACUUGUGUACAUACAAGCAAUACCAAAAAUGUCAAUGUAUAAGAAAAACAUGUGAAAAAUAAACAUCUAUCAGAUGGUGUCAAAUAGUAGAGGUAUAGUUUAAAUCAAAGAUGCGACAGUCAAUGUAUCGAAUGAAAUCGAUACCAUCGUAUUGACGUUCAGUCCAAUUGCUUACGAUAUUUGUGAUAAACUUCGACAUUAUAUUUAGCUUAAAUUAAUCGAUAAUUAAGAAUUCUUGCUAUCUUGUAGCAGUAACGUGCACUAAUGUAUUCGUAAAAUCAGCCACUUGAUAAGUGCCUCUAAAUGAAAUGCGUGAAGUUUGUCAGUUAAAUUUAUACAUAAGAGAAAACAAAUUUUAAAUUAUAUUAACACUUAGAUUUGUAACAGUUUAUUGUCAACUAGUAUUAUCACUCUCGUUUCGAAUAGACACUUUUCUAAUAUUAGGUAUAGAGCACUCAAUAUAUUCAAAGGUAUUCAUAGGUUUAUAAAUAGAUAGCGAGUGAAGAUUUUUAGCUUUUUUGGCAAUGAUGAUUCGCUUCUUGGCAUUUUCGUAGUUGAAUAGUUUAAAAUCUAUGAUUAAAUUUAAGUCUUAGCUCAUCGUUUCUAAUUAAUCUUCGUUUUUGACUACCCUCAUAAGAAUGCUAGAUUUGUGAUUUCUUGCCUUAGAUGUUUAAGUAGGUGACAGUUUGAAUGUAAGCAGAUAAAUUAGAUCAGUGUAUUUACGGGGACCACCUCCUUUGAUGAGAGUGUCUGAAUUGUAAUUUAGAUGGGAUUUAGAUUAGACAAUGAAAGCUUCGAUACCGCUUUCGUUUUAAGACUUUCAACUCUUA